ACUUCCCCAAUCUCUAGAUGACAAUCCUUCUCCAAUUUUCCUAACGAUACAAUUCUUUUUAGAUCGAUUACCAAACAAACAAAAAAGGAUCAAUCUUUUUUUCUUAUGAACACUCUGUUAUAAUGGCAGAGACAGAGAAUCUAGCACUGAGUCUUUUAUGUACAGAGACCAACGUUGAUGAUGAUGAAGACAAGGGCAUGAUUGUUGACAAAACUCCGAUUCCUCAGAUGGGUUUUUCUCAAUCGGAGAGUGAAGAGUUUAUCAGAGAGAUGGUGGAGAAGGAGAAGCAGCAUUUGCCAAGUGAUGAUUACAUCAAGAGACUCAGAAGUGGAGAUUUGGAUUUGAAUGUUGGAAGAAGAGAAGCCCUCAAUUGGAUUUGGAAGGCUUGUGAGGAACACCAGUUUGGACCAUUGUGUUUUUGCUUAUCAAUGAACUACUUGGAUCGAUUCUUAUCGGUUCAUGAUCUGCCUAGUGGCAAAGGUUGGAUAUUGCAGUUGUUGGCUGUGGCUUGUUUAUCCUUGGCAGCCAAAAUUGAAGAAACUGAAGUUCCAAUGUUAAUUGAUCUUCAGGUUGGAGAUCCUCAGUUUGUGUUUGAGGCUAAAUCAGUCCAAAGAAUGGAACUUUUGGUGCUGAACAGAUUGAAAUGGAGAUUGAGAGCUAUAACUCCAUGCUCAUACAUAAUAUAUUUCUUGAGAAAGAUGAAUAAAUGUGAUCAAGAACCAUCCAACACAUUGAUAUCCAGAUCACUACAAGUGAUAGCCAGCACAACCAAAGGUAUUGACUUUAUGGAGUUUAGACCUUCUGAAGUUGCUGCUGCUGUGGCACUUUCUGUUUCUGGAGAAUUGCACACAGUACACUUUGACAACUCUCCUCUUUUCUCACUACUUCAAAAGUCCAAAGUCCCGUUUUGACUCUUGUUCCUUUUUCUUCUCAGAGAAAAGUUUUGGGUUAAUUAGCUAGAAAUCCAUUUGUAUUAUAGGCUCUUUAUUCCUCAGAAAUUGCUAUAAAUUUUGCAUUCUUUU